GUUACCCUGCACAGAUGACGCAUUGCGUGUUCGUCUACGGAACUCUCAAAAGUGGAGAGACGAACCACAGGAUCUUGACCGACCCAGCCAACGGCCACUCCACGUUCCUCGGCGAGGCGAAGACACUCAAGAAGUGGCCGCUGGUUCUCGUGUCCCCUUACGAGAUACCGUGCCUACUGCCCUGCGAGGGCUUGGGCCACGAGGUGCGUGGCGAGGUUUACCAAGUGGACGACCGAAUGUUGGAGGUCCUCGACCGGCUCGAGUCGCACCCCGACUACUACGUCCGGUCGCAGGAAGACAUUCUCAUGCUGUCGCAGCCGAAGUCCCCGACGGGGUGUACGUGGAAGGUACACCACCAACACCACCGACGGAGGCCGGAGACAGGCGAAACGCGUGGAUCUACUUCGUCCGCAAGUUCGAGCGGCAACUGCUGUCGCUUCCGAGCGUGCCACAGUACACCGGAAAGCCGGAAAUCAAAUGGCCGGAGCUUAAGGGCGACGAGACCGCACGAACAUUUCUGGACAACGAGUUUCAACACAUAGCAGCAAGUGCGCUAGGCGGGUGUGGGAAUUAGCGUUUGCCAAACAAGAAUGAGAAAGGAAAAUUAAAUGGGUGUUUUAUAAAAUGUC